AUGCCCGACAUCGACUUUCCCGACGCCGAUGCUGAGGAUCCCACCGUCGAUGACGACGAUGACGACGAUGACGACGAAACCGGCACCCCGGAAGAUGAGCCCCUCGCCCUCCCUUCCGACUUCACUGCCGUCGAGCGCGACGACCUCGGACUGCAGGCACUGGCCACCGUCGAACGCCGUAUCCGCGUGGGGCAUGCUCACGACCUGCUGGACGGCAUAAAGCAAUCGCUGAACCAUCAAGGUGCUUUCCUGCUCGACAAGCGCAAGCACGCGAGGGGCCAGAAGGACAACACGCGCUCACAAUCACAAGUUAAUGCCGCAGUCGCGCGGACGCGUAACAUCGCUGGGAUGUACAACUACAACCGCGACCGCUUGAUCGCGCUGAGCCGCGAGGAGUCGGACGUUCUUCCAUGGAUCAAUCUUGACACCGAUCUCAAGGGCAAAAAUUGGAACAAAGCACGUCAGCUUGGAGAUAGUCGGGAGGAGCAGAGUUGGAUAUGGACGGUGGUUCCUCCGUGGAGCAUGCUGACAGCUAUGUUUGCAGUUGAUCGCGUGCAAUGGUUCCGAGCCAAGGCGGAGAUGACCCGAGCGAACGAAGAAGUGAACAAACUUCAUGCCGAGUUCAAGCGGACGAUCCUCGGCUUCAAGAACAUGUCAAAUGCAUGGGAGGCGGUCUCGACGCAGCAGAUGUUGUCGCGCGGGGCGCAAGCGUAUGCGAGGAAGAAGGCAGAUAUCUUCAGCAAGAUGAGUCUACAGUGUGCGAACGCCUUCGCGAGCACACGAAGAGACCACGAAGAGAAAUGGGAUUAUGCUAAGGUGAAUCAAGCAUUAUGCAAUAACAAACGACUGAUCCUGUCCUGCUCAGGUCGUGACCGAACAACCGCACCAGGAGGGUGA